AUGCGGCUGCUCCUCAGCGCUGUGAUGGAUCUCCUUAUCGACGAAAGCAAUGUACCGAACGUGCCGCUUCCGGUUACGAUAUGUGGGGACAUCCACGGACAGUUCCCUGACUUGCUGCACCUCCUCUCCCUCGCUGGAGAGAUUGGCUUGACCAGCAUGCACUACAUAUUUCUUGGUGACCUCGUCGACCGUGGUUACAAUAGCGUGGAGGUGCUCACCUUCCUCCUCAUCAUGAAGGUGAAGUACCCGCGGAAGAUCACUCUCAUCCGUGGAAACCACGAAACCCGGCAGGUGACGACAACCUACGGUUUUUACGAUGAAUGCAAUAGAAAGUACAAUACAACUGAGGUCUGGCGACAGUGCACAGAGGUGUUUGACUGCAUGCCGAUUGCCGCANACGAUGAAUGCAAUAGAAAGUACAAUACAACUGAGGUCUGGCGACAGUGCACAGAGGUGUUUGACUGCAUGCCGAUUGCCGCACUGAUUGAGGGUAGGGGCCUGUGUAUUCAUGGCGGCCUUUCGCCGGAGGUGCGCACGGUUGAUCACAUCCGUUUGCUGAACCGUAGACAGGAGAUACCGAACGACGGCCCCUUCUCCGACCUCGUCUGGUCAGACCCUGGCAACAUCGACGGCUGGGGUGUCUCCCAGCGUGGCGCUGGUCACUUGUUUGGGGCUAACGUUGCCCGCGAGUUCAUGUACCGAAACAGGCUAAACUUGGUGGCGCGGGCGCAUCAGCUGGUCCAGGAGGGCUUUAUGUACCACUUUGACGAAGAGUUCAUCUGCACGGUGUGGUCCGCGCCAAACUACUGUUACAGGUGCAAAAAUCUGGCGAGUGUUCUCCGUGUACAUGAAGAUGAAUCACGCGAGUUUCUUGUGUUCAGGGAAGUGGAACGACAGUACGAGGAGGACGGCCCAGAGCAGGUGCAGCCAUUCUAUUUUUUGUAG